CGUCAGGCUUGUAGGAGAAAAGAAAAAUAUGUGCCCUGAGCUGUUAUACCGUAUCCAACAUAACCAGGUCGAGUGGAUCAGCGACAAAUUCACCGCCAAGUGUCUUGUCAAUGUCGAUCUCGCUUUCUUCUGUGACUUGGAUCCUAAUCAAGCCGUGACCAUUGCUAGUGAAUGUCGAAAGCAUCGUGUGCCUUUAAAUGUGACAGAUCGCAAUGAUCUGUGCGACUUCUUCAUGACCUCAAACUACCGUGAUCAGUCUCUUCAGAUCGCAGUAUCCACCAACGGAGAAGCUAGUAAACUCUCAAACCGAGUACGCCGCCAUAUUGCAUCUUCACUACCACCAAGAUUGGGAGAUGCAAUUCGACGUGUAGGUGUUCUACGUAAAAAGGUUCGACAGUCAGAUCCCAGUGAUGUUUCAAGAGUCCGUCGUAUGCGGUGGCUAUCUCAGAUUUGCGAGUACUGGAGUAUGGAAAGAUUAGCACAAUUAUCAGACAAAGAUAUGGAAGAUUUGCUUGAGUCAUACCACGACGACGAAGGAUAUGAGAGUGUGGAAAAGGGAAACACAACAUUGCUUGGUGCACCUGCAACACCAGUGAAUACCGUAUCCAAGAUGGGCUCGAUUGUGCUUGUUGGUGCAGGUCCUGGAGAUCCAGAUCUUUUGACAAUGUCCGCACAUAACGCGAUCAAGACUGCCGACCUUGUACUUGCCGACAAGAUUGUACCUGCUGAAGUUGUUGCACUGGUGAAGUGCGAGCUCAAGAUAGCGCGCAAAUUUCCCGGGAACGCCGAUGCUGCUCAGGAAGAGUUUAAUGAUCUGGCUCUUGCGGCCAUGAAACAAGGUAAAAAGGUAGUUCGCUUGAAGCAAGGCGAUCCCUUCCUCUUUGGUCGUGGCGGUGAAGAAGUUCUUUUCUUCCGUAAACAUGGUUACAUUGCUCAGCUUAUCCCUGGUAUCUCCUCUUCUGUCGCUGCUCCUCUUCUGGCUGGUAUUCCUCUCACGCAUCGCUCGGUGGCCUCGCAAUUUCUUGUUACGACUGGUACUGGAAUGAAGAACUCUGCUGCUGCUCUACCUAUGUUUGAUCCACACCGCACAGAUGUCUUCUUGAUGGCUAUUCACCGCCUGGCUGCACUAACUCAAGAUUUAAUUAAUACUCAAAAAUAUCCUACGGACAUUCCUUGUGCUAUUGUUGAGCGAGCGAGCUGUGCUGAUCAACGGGUUGUAUGGGGGGUCUUAGGCAACAUUGUUCAAGUACUCGAUAGUGUCGGUGGAAGCCGCCCUCCUGGUCUUUUGAUUGUCGGGCAUGCUAUCAACGUCCUUAAGCAUGAUACUCUUGAAUUGGUACUGUACAAUGAUAUUUACCUCCAGAGCUACAAUGUUGCUGCCAAAUCGUCUCUUCGUGUACAGAAGUCAGAUUUUAUUGUUGUAUAA